ACAAUGUCCCGCAUGGAUUCUGGACGCUACGGCAAGUCUGGCUCUGUCGAGGUUGGCCCAGAGAAGGUUGAGGGAGAAACCAGAAUCCGCCGAAACGGGUUGACGGCGGACAAACUCGUUACCCAGCCCUGGGAGGGCAUUGACACCGUGUACGAUGUUUUGCUUUACGCUGCCCGCACACACGGCACGAAAGACUCAUACGGGACACGGGACAUCAUCGACGUCCACGAAGAGGUGAAGGAAGUGAAGAAAACCGUUGGAGGAAAGGAGGUCACGGAGAAGAAGACGUGGAAAUACUUCCAGCUGAGCGACUACAAGUACCUCAGCUUUAUUCAGGUGAAGGACGCCGCACUCGAGGUUGCUGCAGGCUUCCUGCAGCUUGGUGUAGCCAAGUCGGAUGUUGUGAAUGUCUACGCUGGAACCAGCGCUAAUUGGCAGCUUGUAUCAUACGGCUGUGCAGCCAUUGGCACCCCGAUUGCGACGGCUUACGAGACGCUUGGCGAGUCGGGCUUGCAGCAUGCGCUCAAUGAGCCUGAGUGUAUCGCCAUGUUCACAAACGCGGACCUGCUCAAAGUCGUCGCGAACGUCGCGGCGAAUGUCCCCUCCCUGCAGUUUGUCAUCCACGACGGUACGGCGGACCCAAGUGUCGUGGAGAAGAUUCUCAACGCGAAGGAGGGCAUCAAGGUGCUCACUCUGGACGAGUUACGGGAGCUAGGAAAGAAAGUGUCGGCGGAAGCGCUGAAAAGUCGCGUCCCGGAACCCUCUGACAUGGCGUGUAUCAUGUACACGAGCGGGACAACUGGUGCUCCCAAGGGCGCAGUCAUCACGCACGCCAACGCGAUCGCAUCGUUGGGUGCUGUCUACGCGUACCUCGGGCACUUCCUGAAGCCGCACGACGCGUACCUCGCGUACCUGCCGCUGUCGCACGUGAUGGAGUACAUCGUCGAGAUGUGCCUGUUCUUCGUCGGAAUGACGUUCGGGUACGCACGCGUGCGGACGCUCAUGGACACGUCGGUGCGCCAAUGUCUGGGCGACAUCCGCGCGUUCCGCCCCACCAUCAUGGUCGGGGUGCCGCAGGUUUGGGAGAUGAUCCGGAAGGGUAUUGAGGGCAAGAUCAGCGCUUCGGGGUCAUUCAAGAAGAGCAUGUUCAAUGGGGCAGUUGCCAUCAAGAAAGCUGGUGUUCCUGUCCUGACUGGGCUGGCGGACAGCGCGGUCUUCAGCCAAGUCCGCGCGGCCACCGGAGGCAGGCUGCGUCUCGCCCUGACCGGUGGCGCCGCACUGAGCCGGGAGACACAGGAGUUCCUAACACUCGCACUCGUGAAGGUCAUUCCCGGCUACGGAAUGACGGAGUCGUGUGGCAUGUGUGCGGUGUUCCCUCCUGAAUACACGCGCCUGGGCUCAGUCGGACUGCCUAUGCCCUCGAUUGAGAUCAAGCUGAAGGACGUCCCGGAGGCAAACUACCUGUCAACGAACGACCCGCCGCAGGGCGAAGUGUGGAUUCGCGGAAACUCCGUCAUCAAGGGAUACUUAAAGCGGGACGACCUGAACAACGACGAGUCAAUAUUCGCCAAAGACGGCUGGUUCCGAACGGGCGACGUCGGGCAGUGGAACCCUGAUGGUACUCUGGACCUCAUUGAUCGUAUCAAGAACCUUGUCAAGCUACAGGGUGGAGAGUACAUCGCACUCGAGCGCUUAGAGUCGAUCUACAAGUCCUGCAACCUCGUCUCAAAUGUCUGCGUUCACGCCGACCCGAACGCGAAGCAGCCCAUCGCGAUAAUCAUCCCGCAUGAGCAACAAUUGCAGCACACCCUCGAGCACAAAUCGGUGGGCCCUGCGUCGAACACGACCAUGGCCGACCUGUGCAAGGACGAUCGCGUUCGCGAGCUCAUCCUCAAGGAGUGCAAUGCCAUAGGCAAGAAAAACGGCCUCAAGCAGAUGGAGUUACUCCAGGCUGUGAUUCUUACAGCAGACGAGUGGACGCCUGAGAGCGGUCUCGUCACCGCCGCUCAGAAAACCCAGCGGCGGAAGAUCGCGGAACGGUAUGCGCAAGAAAUCAAGGAUACCUACAAGUUCUAGUUGCGUGCAAUGGACCAUAUUCAGAACCCGGAUCUGUUAUCUUGUACUCGCUCUGAUCGCUCAGCAUCAUUCGACCAACUCGUUCGUAGACUGUCCCGUCCAUCUUGUACCAUUUGUAUUUUAUUCGCCCGCGUACGUGUCGUGGACCCCCACUCCUCUCUUCGCCUGUUGCUUCGUCCUUGUCUCGUUCUGGAAGUAUUCGAGCUACUCUCUCUUUGUCAUACGAGGAAACUAUCUCAAUGCGUAUUUGUGAUGCAAGCAAAGAUGGUGCAUAUACAAGCU